ACGGGUCAACUCUUUCAGUUCAAAAACCUAACCAGCGCUGUGGUGUUCUACCAAAGGCUCUGCCACAGUUCUGUUCCCGCCGGAAGCUUUCUCACAGCAGCUGCAAUGGCGUCCGUUCCCUCACUGAAUCAGAGCGAGAAGAAGAAGAAGAAGAAUGAGAAGAAUCACAAGCUUUCCGACCUCAAAACCCUAGGACUCCAACUUCUCUCCUCUCGAGCUCACAUCAACAACCUCCCUCUGCUUCUCACCUUCCUUUCUCCUUCUAAACCUCCUCAAUAUGUCCUCGAAGCCCUUCUCUCCCUCCAGUCCUUUUUCAUCACGGUCCUCCCCUCCCUCCCUUCCUCCUCCAAGCCUGCUGCCGAUGUUCAGGACGACGCCGAGUUGAUUUACCGGACCUGGCUACGUUCCAAGUUCGAUGAACUCGUUAAGUCGCUCAUCGAUGUUGCGGUCUCUUCUGAAUGCGACGAUACUCUCAAGGAGAUUGUGUUGGAUGCGAUUAUGGAGUUUGUUAAAGUUGGUAACAGGGGAAAAUUCCACUCUGCUUUAUAUCACAGGUUUCUACAGAGUAUUGCUCAUUCUUCGACUCCAGUUAAUACUCUGAUAGCCUUGCUUGUCAAGAAGUACUUCAAUCACCUCGAUGUCCGUUAUUUUACAUAUAUUAGCAUCGAAAAACUCACGAGGACUUUUGAGGCUGAGUACAUGUUUGGUGAUAGAAGUGUGAGGAUUGAUGGCGAUGAUGGUGAUCAUUCAAGAAAAGGAGUGGAGUUCAUACACAUUGUGCACUCUAUCAUAUCCUCCAUCCCCCCUUUAGAAAACUCAAACCAAUCUGACUACACUAUGUGGGUUGAAUCAGGUGACAACAAAGUGCUCUCUGACAAUCAAGAAGCAAAGCAGCUUAAGAUGAGGAAAAAUGAUGAAGAGGUCUUAACGGCAUCAAAGAUUGUAAGAAAAAUGAAACCAAAAUUUACAAAAGCAUGGAUUUCAUUUCUUAGGUUACCGCUUCCAAUUGAUGUGUACAAGGAGGUUCUUGUAAUUCUUGAUCAGGAAGUCAUUCCUUAUCUUUCUAAUCCAAUCAUAUUAUGCGACUUCUUGACAAAAUCCUAUGAUAUGGGUGGCGUUGUCAGUGUUAUGGCUCUUAGCAGCCUCUUCCUCCUUAUGACAAAAUAUGGUUUAGAGUAUCCAAACUUCUAUGAAAAACUUUAUGCUCUUUUGGUUCCUUCAAUAUUCAUGGCAAAACAUCGGGCCAAGUUUUUUCAGCUUCUUGAUUCCUGCUUGAAGUCACCACUUCUUCCAGCAUACUUGGCUGCCGCUUUUGCUAAGAAAUUGAGUAGGCUAUCACUUGUUGUUCCUCCAUCAGGAGCACUUAUCAUUAUAGCUCUUAUUCACAAUCUCUUACGAAGACAUCCCUCAAUCAACUGUUUGGUUCACCGGGAAAAUGUUAGCGAGAGUAAGAAUGACGAUUCAACAAGUAAAGAGGUUGCUAAAGGCACGGAUGCUUCAGAAGUUGAAGCUGAUACACCCAACAUGAAACCAGGCAUUGACCGUUUUAACUACGAGGAAACUGAUCCCAUAAAAUCUAGUGCCUUGAGAAGUUCACUCUGGGAAAUUGAUUGUCUUCGACACCAUUAUUGUCCUCCCGUUUCUAGGUUAGUUUUGUCGCUUGAGAAUGAUCUGACCGUGAGGUCGAAAACAACUGAAAUUGAUGUUAAAGAUUUCGUUGCUGGUUCAUACGCGACAAUACUCGGGCAAGAGUUGAAAAAGAAAAUGAAGCGAGUCCCUCUGGCUUUCUACCAAGCAAUCCCCACCUCCUUAUUCUCAGCGUCUGAUUUCCCUGGCUGGAGUUUCAAUCACGAACACAGUGAGAAGAAUAUCGAUGGUAGCGAUCAUCUUCCUGCAAAAAGACAGCGCGUAGAGAGCUCAUAACCCAAUCCAACCCAACCCAGGUUUCUUCGCCUCCUUUAACUCGAGAACAUUAGGACGCUGUUUCCUUCCUCUAGCGAACUGCGUUCCAGGAAGAACCGAAAAUUGUUAGAAAAAACGAAUUGCCAGGUCCUGGAUUACCCAUCGUUGUCACGGAAGAUUCGAGUCUUGAAGCAGUUUAUCACCCAAUUUCUGCAGCCUUUCCAUGUACAAAAGGGAGAGAUCAUAUUUCCUUCAUUAGUCGUUUUUUCGCACCAGUUUUGUCGUAUUUAUUGGUUCAUAGAAUCCAUUGGCGUUGCUGAUACAACUUUUGAAGUUCUCUAUAUUGUAUUUUAUUUAUGUUCGUGGGAAUUGGAUGCAAUUCUUAACGUUUUGCCAG